UUAUUUACUCAAUUUCGUUCGCUUGAGAAAAUUGAAAGAACUUGCUUUGCUUGUAGUAAUGUAAAAGAACUGUGUGCAGUUUUUAGAUUUUAUUUCCCUUUAUCUUUGAAUGAUUUUACAUAAUUUCUUGUGUGUGCUAAAAUGUUAGAUUUAUCAAAAUUAAGUUAGUGUAAAUUGAAUUAGUGUUUUCUUUCAACUUAUUGCUGCUGGCAUUAAUUUUUAUCAAGCUCGAUCGUUACAAAAUAUUGCAAAAUGACUUCAGCCCUUUAUCUGGAACACUAUUUGGACAGUCUGCAGCAUUUACCCAUAGAACUGCAAAGGAAUUUUAAGCUGAUGCGGGACCUCGACGACAGAGCUCACGGCCUAAUGAAGACCAUUGAUCUUAUGGCCGAUGAUUUGUUACCGAAUAUAUCUAAAAUGGACGAAGAAACGAAAAAAGAAAAGGUGAACACAAUACAGGGACUGUUCAACAAGGCAAAGGAGUACGGGGACGACAAAGUACAGCUCGCAAUACAAACUUACGAGCUCGUGGACAAACACAUACGUCGCCUCGAUUCUGACCUCGCGCGAUUUGAAUCCGAAAUUCAAGAGAAAGUAAUGAGCUCCCGCGCGGCGCAGCAGGCGGCCGCGGACCAAGAGACUAAUCCUACCACUGUUAAAAAGGGAAGAAAGAAACUUAAAGGUAGUGAGAAAACUGCAACGACGACAGGCAAGAAAAAGCGCACAGGUGCGUCCAGUGAGGAAGACGCCGUCGCGAGCGGCAGGUCGGCGGCUAAGAAGAAGGCGCAUCGCAAGGGCACUACGACCACAGCCGCGGCCACCAAGGAGCAGGAGGAAAACGCCGACCUUGACUCUGUUGGAGGUAUGGCGCACCCCAGCGAUGUACUCGACAUGCCCGUCGAUCCUAACGAGCCCACAUACUGCCUUUGUCACCAAGUGUCCUACGGAGAGAUGAUAGGUUGUGAUAACCUCGACUGCCCGAUUGAGUGGUUCCACUUUGCCUGUGUAGACCUUAAGAUCAAGCCCAAGGGCAAGUGGUACUGCCCCAAGUGUACACAAGACAGGAAAAAGAAAUGAUCCACAAUAAAGCCUCCCGCUAAGCCAGCAGAAAAGACUGUGACCGUAAAAAAAGAAACUAAGUGAUUAUAUUAGGCUUUAAGAAUAGUAUCUAAUAUAACAUACUGUUUUCUAUUGGAAUAUAUUAUAUUGAUUAAUGUAGGAAUAAUUUAUUUUUAGCAUAAACUGUUUGAUCAAUGAUAAUAAUUAAGUAAGAUACUGACUUUAUAACACCCAUAUGGUAUAUAGUUUAUUAGAGAUGAAUGGAAAAUGAUGUAUGUUGUCUGUUUCAAAUUAAUCAAAACUUUUGUUUUGCACAGUAAUGUAAUGUAAUAUACUUGAAUUUUGUAUAUUUGUACAUAGCAAUCAAAUUUUUAUGAAAUUCAAAUCAAUUUAUUAUUUUAUAAAUAUAAGUAAUUAUAUAUUUCUUUGAAAUUAUGUGAUUUAGUAAAUCUAAUUAAGUAUAUUUGUUUGACCAUUGUGUAAUUUGCCUCAUUUUAACUUGUGUAUAUUUUGUAUGUUAUUGCAACGUAUUACAAUCUCCUAGGCCUGUGUUAAGCUAUUUGCAACUACAUAUUUACAAAGUACUCUGAUGAAGGUUUUCAAUCAUGCAUGUAUGCAUAUGUAGGCAUGUAUUGUAAAAUCUGAAAUACUUUUGAAUUAUUGUUGUAUAUAAAAUCAAAUAAUUAUAUUUCUUUGACAUGCGUGAUUUGCUUUAUCUUGUGUAUAUUUUCUAUAUUAUUGCAACAUAAUAUAACAAUUACCCAAGCAAGAAUCAAGCAAUAAUAUUUCAUGCAACUAUUUAUUAUGUACUCUGAAGGAUUUCAAUCCUAGAAAUGUAUUUAAAUAAAAUGAAAUUGAAUUGUAAUAAUUGAGAUAUUUAAUAAUAACACCAUGAAACUAAACUGUACUGUGCACAUGGUGCACAUUUUUGGAGCAUUGUAUCUAUUAUUUAAUAUGUUUAUAUUAUCUACCUUUUUACUGUGCCUUUUAAUUAUGUAAAAAUUAUUAUUUUAAAAAUCAAUUCAAUCAUAUUUAUCACAUUUGAUAUUAAAUUCUAUAAUUUAUGGUUUAGUAACUACCAAAAUCAACUUUUAUUCUUUUAUUACUUAAGUAUAAUAUUAAUGUUUAAUGCUAUCAAAUUAACAAAAUAUUAUUUUGUAAAAAUAAAUCUCCUCUUAUUAUUAUUUCAUAUUUCUAGUACUAAAUAAAGUGUUGGCAAUUGUGUAAUUUAUAUUUUUCGACAGCAAAUGUACUUAUGUUCAGCUAUACAUGCUCAUACACAUUUGCCAGACUGAAAAUUAUUGUCAUUUUAAAAAAUUAUAAUCUACAUAAUAAUAAUUAUUAUGAUUUAUUAAUAUGACCAUACAAUUACAUAAGUUAUACAAAUGCCUUAAGUUAACUGUGUUAUUUUUAUUAAAUAUGAAUGAAU